GCAGAGGACGACGUUUCCGUAGCAACUGGGACCGGUCCGUUAACCGCAGCGGCUGCUGUACCAACGGAACUCACAGUAGGGGAUUGUCGUCGGUAACCGGAUACCACCUCUGUCUUGUGGGACCUCGAGACACGGGGCCGGUGUAGUAUCGAGGCGGCGAGCCCGCAGUUUCGUGCGGAUAUGCUAAAUAUGUGGAAAGUCAGAGAGCUGGUGGACAAAGCCACCAACGUGGUGAUGAACUACUCAGAAAUCGAGUCCAAGGUGAGAGAGGCCACCAAUGACGACCCCUGGGGACCCUCCGGACAACUUAUGGGAGAAAUAGCCAAAUCUACCUUUAUGUAUGAGCAAUUUCCAGAGGUAAUGAACAUGCUGUGGACCAGGAUGCUGAAAGACAAUAAAAAGAACUGGAGACGAGUAUACAAGGCUUUACUGCUGCUGGCCUAUCUCAUUAGGAAUGGAUCUGAAAGAGUCGUCACCAGUUCCCGAGAGCACAUCUAUGACCUGCGAUCUCUAGAAAACUACCACUUCAUUGAUGAGAAUGGUAAAGAUCAGGGCAUCAAUGUACGUCAGAAGGUGAAGGAGAUGGUGGAGUUUGUCCAGGAUGACGACAGACUGAGAGAGGAGAGGAAGAAAGCCAAGAAAAACAAAGAUAAAUAUAUUGGAGUCUCCUCUGACAGUAUGGGAGGAGGAAGCGUUAAGAACUCUAAUGAGUUGGAUCGAAAUAAGUGGGAUGAGGACUGGGAUAAAAGCAGAGGAGCUUUCCCCUUUAGUGAGAAGCUUGGAGAGAUCAGUGACAAGAUAGGCAGCACCAUCGAUGACACACUCAGCAAGUUCAGGAAGAAGGAAAGAGAUGAUUCACCCGACAGAAUCAGUGACAACGAGGAGGACAGAGCAUCGAGAAACGGUAGGCAAGAAACCCUUGAGUUCAAAGAUGAGGAAGAAACUGUCACAACAAAGAGCAUCCAUAUCACACAAGCAACAGAAACCACAACCACCACCACACGGAAACGCAGUGGAGCAACAAGCAGUAAGACGCUGGACCUGGGUGCUGCAGCUCACUACACUGGAGAUAAGAGCCCAGAGGAGAAGUCAUCAGUCAAGCAGUCCUCCAGUAGUGGUAUAGCAGACCUGCUAGUGAUUGACCCCUCGUCUAGUCAGGGCACUACAGCAGGUGGAAGUUCAGACCUCAUUGGUGGGUUUGCUGACUUCUCCUCUCCUGCAGCCUCUGCCAGUCUCCCCACCUCCACUGCUGCUCCAUCAUCCAAUGGAAAUGGAGAAUUUGGAGACUGGAAUGCCUUCUCAGCCAAUCCACCUGCUUCAUCAAGCUCCGGUGCCUCCCAGCCUGUCACUGACCUGUUUGGGAGCGUCCAGGCAACCACUGCCUCUAAUCCCACCCCCAUUCCACCAUCUGCCGAGCUCUUUGACCUGAUGGGUGGAGUUAACCAUCAACUAACCAAUCCACAUACAACACUGAGUGCCUCUCAGAGCAUGACUUUCUCUCUGGGGGGAGCAAUGCCAGGGCCACCUGGUUCUAUGACAAACAUGCCUCUUUCUCGCUCCCAACAGAGCUUAGGAGGUAUGACAUCUCAGCAGCCCAUAGGACAACAGCAGAAGGUUGGUGUUGGAGUUCAAGGAUCUUUAGGGUCGACCUGGUCCGACCCCUCCGUCAACAUUAGUCUGGAUUUCCUAUCAGCAGGCCUCAACCCCACUAAGACACCACCCACACUCAACAAUAUCAUCCAGCAACAAGGGGUGCCUCCCGUCAACCUUUUGGCCCAGAACUUUGGAGGUCUGAACCUGAGCUCCCCACCUCACGUGGCAUCCAUUAGACCACCAGCCAAUCCCAUGAUGGCAGGCAAUACCAUGACGAUGGGCAUGCCUGCAUCGAUAUCAACUGGCAUGCCUGCUUCCUUGGCGGGGAGUAUGCCCCCUUCAAUGACCACGGGUACCAUGGGAAUGGGCGGAAUUCCUGUCAACCAAGGCAUGAUGGGAAUGAACAUGAGCAUGAAUAUGGGCAUGGCCACUCCUGUGAUGAUGGGUAGUAUGGCUGGCAUGGGAGUGCCGGGAGUAGGGAUGGGCCUGACACACUCCAUCACCCCAGCCAUGGUUCCACCCAAACAAGAUGCCUUCGCUAACUUUGGCAGUUUUGGGAAAUGAAGGAUUGCAAUACUGUAUGUGUGCACGCGUGUGUGUGUGUGUGUGUGAGAGAGAGAGAGAGAGAGAAUGCUUGUCUGACAUUAUGAGAGUAUAAAACACUGAAGGACUGCUGUACUUGAAGACAACCUUGCAUGUUUCUCUUUUUGCUUCUGUUCUCUUUGGCGAGCUGGCACCAGUGAUAGUUCACCAUGAUCUUAAAGGAAGGCAAGAGCGCACACUGGUGCCCCUCACCCACUGGUACUUUGAUGCGUGAAAUGAUGUCACACAUAGAGGACACCGCAAGCACAGGGAUGGUGUCAAUCCACAACCACUCAUCAUUACUUUACUGUAGGGAAAGGAUCCUCACUUGACCAGUUUUUAUAGACAAACUACAGGGUCAUGCAACAUCAUAAAAACAAAAAGUCACAGCAAAAAGUUUUUCUCCUGUGACUGUACAGAGAAUUGUGUCAGUCAUGCUGACUUAAAUGAAAGCAGCACUGCUGCCUUAAUUCUGCAUUGUAGCCUGAGAUUUAUUUUAUAUUAUUUAAACGAUAUUCAAUUGCAAACGUUAAGCCAUUACAUUAUUGCCAUGGGAUGGCUUGUUUUCCUACGCUCCCUGUGCACAUAGUCUUAACAGUUAACAUACCUAGAGUAUACUGAAUAUAUACUCUAGUCCUACAGCAGAGGGCAGGAUUGGGUGUAUGCGAUGAGGUAACUCAAUGGUUGUACUUGAGCCAUAAUAGUGUGUAGAAUUGCAUAAUACACCCUUUUCCCAGUGUCUCCCCUCUCCUCUUACUAUCAGGCUUGAAGCAGUUCACAAGCACUCAGUGUACACUAGAAAACCUGAUAUUUAAAAGACAACUUGAGUGAAGCCUUGAACUACUCAGAACAAAGGUCCCUAAAAUACUGUGGGACACUUAAUAUUACAAAAAUCAGAUACUGUUUAAAGUGAUACUUGUCCUAUACUUUCAAUUUUUACUAAACUAAAAUACCGGUACUAUUCACUGAUAUUUUUCUCUUUAUUUCUGACCCACAUAGAUCUAUUCUGUCUGUUAUAUAUUUGCAUACAUACACUGUAUGGACAGAAGUAGAGACUAAUGGUUUGGGUUUUUUUUUAAAGAGUAUUUCCAGCUGGUGGUGGGAAAAGAGGGCAAACGAUAGUCAACAUCUACAUGAUUGAACAUCAAUCACAACAAUCCUCUAAACUUCUUCCAUGUUUAAGAUGGUGGCACAACCCCAGAUAUUUGGAACAAUGCAGCAAUGUACCUUUAAUUACAAAGUGUUUUUACCAGAAAACGUUUUGCACCCUGCACCAUUUAACCACUACCUUACAUGGAUUAAAUACAUUUGAGGAUUUCUUUUUUCAUUAAGUUUGAAUAAAUGAUUUCUGUGGCUUGCAAAGACCAGUCUAUAGGGCUUUGGGGGUCUUGAGCGAAGUGUAUGUGUGAGAAAAGAGUGAAUGAGUGUGUGUGACUUUGUGUGUGGGUAUAGUUUUCUCUGUUUGAUGUGCAAACACAGCUAAGCAGAGCCUCCUGUCAUUUUCUGAGGCACUGCACUCCAAAUGACCAAAUCUUUAUUUUGUUACUCUCAGAAGGAUGAUUCCAUAGCAAUUAGUUUCAUAUUUUAUUAGUUUACUUGUAAAGUUAUGUUCAUAUGAGAGAGCUACUGAUAUCAUAAUUUAGCUGAUGGGAAUCAUGUUUUUGUUUUGGGUUGUUUUUGGGUUGUUUUUUUUUUUCAGUACGGCUCGUUUCAUUUGAUUGCACUCUAUAUUUUCUGUACUUCAUCUUACAUUAAACUACAUUAUAACAAGAAA